GAUUUCCCUUCCGGACAAACCGCCAAGCGACGGAAAUUCAUUUCCAAUUCUGAAUGGCAGCGCCUGCUGCACCAUUUCAACUUCUGAGAUAUAAUCCGCUGUCGAAUCAGUCAUAAGGUUUAGAAUCAAGAGCGAAUCCAAGCAGUUCAGUGCAGUGUCGGUCGGCGCACGUUCACUUUUAUCAACAACUUGUGUACAAACAAAACUGCGAGUCUCAAACACGCAGCAGUUUACAAUAAUUAUUCAUUUUAACACUAAGCGCGGAGUUAAACGUCUGAUUUGAGUGUGUUUGAAGCUGUUAAGUGCAGUUCUGUAAAUAAAGUUAAUACAAAUAUACUUUUAAGCUCGUGUCUAAUUUUAAUUGUCAGCUUUUGGUGUGUUCGUUGUUCGUUAAUUACUUUUCUUCCGCCUAAUGACCGGUUUGGCUAAGCGACGUGUUUAAAAUAACUUUUUCGUGUGUGUAAUUGUGUUUUUUUAUUCCAAAAAUGUUUCUUCAGAAAAUUACGCGCAAACAUGUGAUAAUAUUGCUGAGUCUUUGUACUGUAAUAGCUGUAAUUCUCAUAUAUUUUUACACCACUACUGGCCAGCGCGGGGAAGCUGAUAGGUGGAUAAAUGAUGCUAAUUGUCCCACAGUAUCAGUGAACACCUCGAAAUCCACGCUAAAGCUCGUGCAUAUGGUGUUUCGUCACGGUGCGCGCACUCCGGUGACCACCUAUCCGAAUGACCCUUACGUGAACGAUACGUUUCAUCCCACUGGCUGGGGUCAUGUAACAAAUAAAGGAAAAGUUGAAUUAUAUCAUCUUGGAGAGUGGCUGCACAGGCGUUACGGAAAGUUUAUGGAACCACACUAUUCACCGGAGUACGUUUACGCUCAAUCAACUGCAUCACCGCGUGCAUUAAUGUCUAUGUCCACCGUUCUAGCUAGCUUCUUUCCGCCGCGUGGUACCGAUAUGGAGUGGAAUACCGAAUACAAUUGGCAGCCAAUACCUGUUUUCUCAGAGCCCUUAGAGCAAGACUCUCUACUUUUGGUACGCACACCCUGUCCGCGUUUUUUCGAGGCGCGCGAAGAAGUAUUUCAAUUACCGAAGGUAAAAGCAGAAUUGGCUGAGCACGAAGACCUUUUUCAAAACUUGACCAAACUGACUGGGGUGCCUAUUAAAAAUGCCGAUGAUGUCAAUUCUUUAUAUAACACUCUAUUGGCCGAGCAAGAGUUCGGCUACACCUUGCCCGCAUGGACCAAGGAUUACUUUCCUGAAAAAAUGCAGUUUUUAGCCGAGCAAAGCUUUAUCUAUAACGCAUACACCAAAGAAAUGCAAAAGAUUAAAGGAGGUCCCUUCCUUAAGAAGAUGUUUGCCGAGAUGUUGGAAAAGCGUAACGGCAAGCUUAGUCCCGGCAAUCGUAAGCUAUUCAUCUACGCUGCUCAUGACUGGACGGUAGGCAACAUAAUGGCGUCGUUGAAUCUGUGGGAAGGUCAAAUGUUGCGCUUUGCGGUCACACUUAUUUUCGAGUUACACCAAAACCAACAAACCGGCGAGUACUACAUUGAGAUUUAUUUACGAAAUAGUGAGGACGGCUGUGCUGAGUUGCUGUCGGUGCCGAAUUGUGGCGCGCAAUGUCCGCUGGAUAGACUAAUUGAGUUGAAUGCUGAUGUUAUACCUAAUGAAACGUAUGAGGAGCGUUGCAAGGCGAAAAAUUCUAAUUUCGUUGAGCCGCCAAAGCGUGCGGUGGAACGGGACCCGAACUCGAAACUUUAGUAAAAUUUAUGUAUACAACAAGUAUUAAUAUUAAGUGCAAAAAGUAUUAAUAUAUUUAAUUUAUGAUUACUGUUAGUAUUUUCAAAUCUAGUUGAAAAGUGUAAGAGUAAUGAAUUAUUAAUUAUUUUACUUUUUAUUGAUGUAACUUAAAUUUAAAAUAUUUUAAAUAAACCUACGCAAAUGUUUUA